AUGAUCGCCAAAUUGUACAAGGUAGAAAUAGUUUCAAAUAUAUCAAUUCAGUAUAUCCUUAAUCUUGAGAAUGUCGCAGAACCAAUCAAAGCGGAAGAAUUGAAACCACAUGCUGCCAAAUUUAUCGAUAUCCCAAUCGAUAUCCCUGAAAUAGCAACUUUGUCACAUUCUUUAUGUAUGGUUAGCACCGUGUCAGCAAUUCCUUUGGAUUCGUUACCUGUAGAAAACGUGAAGACAUCUGGCUUAGUCAUUGAUGCUGAACAAGGUUAUAUCAUCGUGUCUCGUAGAGCUGUUCCACACGAUUGUCUAGAUGUAUUCGUUACUUUUGCCGAUUCUGUUAUGAUACCUGCUUCUAUUGUAUUUUUGCAUCCUACUAAAAAUUAUGCAAUAAUCAAAUAUGAUAUCAAUUUGGUAAAUGCCAAUAUAAUUACACCUAAACUCUCAAAUACCCCGAUGAAACGUGGUGACAGAACCCGUUUUAUUGGUUUCACCCAUAACAACAGAUUAGUUACCUCUGAAACUUCAGUUACCGAUAUUUCUUCUAUUAGUAUUCCAAGUAAUAUAAUUCCAAGAUACCGUGCA